AAAAAGCGUGAUUAGAUUCUCUUGCGAAACCUUAAACAUUACAAAAAGGAUUACCCACCAAGGGCACUUCAUACUGUCACGGAAUUUGUCUACCACUUAAUUUCAAUUUACCCAAGCUAUAAUUAAACCUGCCGAUAUCAUUUUCCACAGGCUUUUCUGACGCACCGAAGGACCCAUUAAAAACUAGCCAGACAACGACAUACUUGAAAGCGUCCAAGUUCAGCUGAUCGUGGGCUUCGGUUUGCUUGGUCGCCCAGAUAUGCAGAGCUAGAUAUGGGCCGCGGAAAACAGUCUUGGUUGAAGCCUAGCUCGGUGCACCGUGAAAGAAAAUUCACUCCUCUAUACCCACCAUUCCACAUCGUUCGGUAGUGAUCUUGAACUGAAACAUGAAAUGCUUUCGAUGAGCCUCCGUUCGGAGCAGCAUUUUCAGUUCUAUCCGGGCUUUCGUAACGAUGAGGUGGAACUUUGCUCAAGCGUUCGGUGGAAAAAGCUGCAGGCUCGCUGUGGCUAAUAUGUUCAUAUAGUGCUCCCGAAGAUCCAAUAACUAAGAAGUUGUAGCACGUAGCCGAAGUUGCGAAACACAAAAGUGGCAAUCAAUGGAAAAUUAUCGGUUUAAAGUUCGCUCAAGUUGAUCACAUUAUUUUUGUUACUCUUCAUUAGCCUUCAAACAUAAUGAAUAUGUUGGUACGGCUGUUACUGAUUCUAUCUUUACUGGCAGCGAACUGCGAAGCCAGUGGUGAAAUGGAAAGUGUUUUCCCGCAUUGGAAUGCUACAUGCUUGAUGAAAGUGAAGAAUCUAAAAAAAAAUAUGAAAAUUAGUGCGAUUAACCACGAUUAAACUAAAUGUAAUAAAAAGGUCAAUAAAUGGUGUGUGUUUAAACUGUACUUUAUUUUUUCAGAGACGUGGUGUCUGUUUUCCGGUGGUGUUUUCGAUUUAAACUUUUUCAAGUGCAUGUGGAAAAAAGACUACGAUUGUCCACAUGAGGAUAUACGAUUUUUUCUCUAUACAACGACAUACAAACGGGGCCGAGUGGUGGAUAUGAACAAACCGAAAUCCUUCUUCCGAGCAGGUUUUAAACCCCAUCGGGAAACCGCCAUAAUCAUUCACGGAUUCAAUGGAACGCAAACCAGUCGACACAUCAUGUAUUUGAAGGAUGCUUACCUCUCUCGCAUGUAUAACGUGAUCACCGUCGACUGGGAGCGGCUUUCUCAGUAUCCGUGUUACCUUUCAUCGCUAUCAAACACCAAACUAGUCUCGCAGUGCACAGCACAGCUGUACUCUUUCCUCACCUUCACUGGCAGUCGCAGCAAGCAGAUCACAUGCGUGGGUCAUUCACUUGGGGCUCACAUAUGCGGCAUGAUGUCACAUCAUUUGACCCAGCCUCAGUACAAAAUCAUUGGUCUAGAUCCAGCACGACCACUGAUUGAAAAGCAUGCUUCAAAACGGUUUCGCUUGACGAGAGACGACGCCAAAGUGGUACAGGUUAUUCACACAAACGCCGGUUUUCUGGGACAAGAAUCCUUCACCGGAUCAGUAGAUUUUUGUGUAAAUGGUGGUCAAACACAACCCUAUUGCAACGGAGAUUCCAUCAGAAAAGCUCGUUGUAGUCACUUUUUAAGUGUCUGCUAUCUAGCGAAUGCAAUGUUCUCCGGUGAGCCAACCAUGGCGUUUCAGUGUCCUUCCGGUUGCGUGAGAAACAAUCGCAUACCGUUCAUUCCGGUUCGACCAAUGUACGGAAAUCGAAUCAAAGUGAGAUUCUUCCACAUCGGACAGGAUACACCUGAUGAUACCACUGGAGGGUAUUGCAUUCACAUGACGCGAGCGAUGAAUUGUCCCUUCAACUAAUGUGUUCAUUUGAAACAGUUACCUGAUUGUAAAAUACUGUAAAAAUGUGAUAAGUGUAAAUGUAAUAUAAUAAAUAUUUG